AUGAGUGCCCGUGAGUCGACUCAAAAAGAGAUUAAAGCUUUUAAAAAUAAAGAAGAAUUUGUGACUCAGAGAAAUAUCACCAAGCGCGAAUCGGAAUCCGACGAGCUCGAGCGGAUCCAGCUUCACGGGAGCGAGACGGACGCGCCAAUGUUGGCUGACCACCAAGUCGUCCCUGGAUCCGAAUCGCGACUCUCUGACCUGCUCGCGUUCAAGAGCGACAAACUGGAUAAAUUACCGCGCGGCGUGGCUGGCGAAGGUGCCGCAACGGCCAAAGCCAAAGAACAUGUCGAAUUCAGCACGCUAGCCGAAUCCUUUCCAUGGAACGAUUUUGGGAUGGGCGCCUAUGCUACUGGAAACAAAUCGAAUGAUGAUAAUGAACAGUCUGUUCCAGAAGUCGACCCAGUCAUAUCCGCUUUCGAAAGUGGAAACCCAUCACAAAGUCUUUCUUUGCUUGAAGCUCGCCGAAUUCUCGAAGGACAGAGCGCCUCAGUAACCGACCUGUACAAGAGCGGAAGCACACCUGCCCUUAAUUUAGCGAAAGCAGAUGCCGAUCAAGGGUCAGUCGCAAAGACGGAAUCAAGCAAAGCACGGCCACCAAGUAUCCCGCCAUACAUGAGCAACCCACUGGGAAAUAUGCCCUACGGGGCGUUGUCUGGAAACUUAUGGAAUGCUUAUGGUCAAAAACAGCGGAAAACCUCUGAACGCUUCGAGCCGUACUCGCCCAAGCCCCGCGACAUUCAGAACCUGGACACGCCACUCCACGCCCUUAGCCAACUCACCAACAACCUCAACCGCACUGCCGGCUCCCUGCGCAAAUCCGAGCCCAAUUCCGAAGUCAAGACCGAGCCAAUGCCCUUGGACUUGACAGACGCUUCAAAAGACCGGUCCAAAACGCCAGGCACAAGCGGCCAAUCCGGACCUUCCGCAAGCGCGGCACCGAGAAAUGCAUCGACGGGUUCAGCCCCGCGAUCUGGCGAGGGCAAUGAAGAGAAAAAAGACGAUCCAGUUCCGGCGCACAAAAGAGGAGGAGUCCAACUCUGGCAGUUUUUGAGACAACUUCUCGACAAUCCGGAAAAGCGGAAUAUCAUCACUUGGACGAGACAGGGACACGAUGGGGAAUUUAAACUUCUUGACCCAGAAGAAGUUGCAAGACUCUGGGGUUGUGAGAAAAAACGUCCAGCGAUGAACUACGACAAAUUGAGCCGGUCUAUUCGUUAUUAUUACGAAAAAGGGAUCAUGUCAAAAGUCCCCGGCGAGCGCUACGUCUACAAAUUCCUCCCCGAAGCCAUGAGCAGUCCAAAUCCCCUCGUCGGAUUCAACCACCCUGGUUUCCCCGAUCCCAGCGGUCUUAACCCAAUGUGGCCCCUACCUCAUCCAGCAGCAGCUGCUUCAGGCUUCAAUCCAGGCUACGGCUUCCUCAACCCAACAGACUCUUUUUACGCCCAACAAAUGAACCAGUACACGCACCUAGCGAUGCAAAAUCCUGACCACUUCAACCAAGCACUUCAACAAGUCCAGCAAAUGGCCGGUUUUCCUCCCUCAAGCGCCCUCCAACAGCUGCCGACAUCGACCUACAUGCCAAACUACAACCCCUCAGGGCACCCACCCUUCGACGGAUAA